AUGACCGACAAAAUGAACGUCAACAUGUUCAAAGCGGAGGAUCCCAACUCUCAACCUUUCAAAUGGGGAACAGCAACAGCAGCCUACCAAAUCGAAGGCGCUCCCUCAGUAGAAGGAAAAGGCCUGUCAAUCUGGGACACCUUCACCCAUCUCGUCCCGUCCCGGACAAAUGGUGAGAACGGUGACAUAGCCUGCGACCACUAUAACCGCAUGCUCGAGGAUGUCAACCUCAUGUGCUCCUACGGCGUCGAUGUAUAUCGAUUCUCCAUCGCCUGGACACGAAUUAUACCCCUCGGUGGACGGGACGAUCCCAUUGACGAGGCAGGCAUAGCCUUCUAUAACCGGCUCAUCGACGCUCUUUUAGCACGCAACAUCGAACCGGUGGUAACGCUCUAUCACUGGGAUGCUCCACAGAGUCUCAGCGACCGAUACGGCGCCUUCCUAAACACAGCCGAAUUCGUAUCUGAUUUCGCACACUUUGCGCGCCUCUGUUUCGCCCGGUUCGGGGAUAGAGUGAAGAAAUGGAUUACAUUUAAUGAGCCUUAUAUCAUUGCGAUCUUUGGACAUCACAGCGGUGUUCUUGCGCCGGGCCGGAGCACUGCCACUGGUGGUGAUUCCCGUACGGAGCCGUGGAGGGUCGGACAUAGCUUGAUCCUCGCUCAUGCCGCUGCCGUACAGAUCUACUCUGGGGAGUUCCAGUCGCAGGGUGGGAGCAUCUCCAUUGUGCUGAAUGGGCAUUAUUACGAGCCCUGGGACGCGUCUAGCCAGAGUGAUCAGGAGGCUGCGCAACGCCGUCUCGAGUUUUACAUUGGGUGGUUUGGCGACCCCAUCUUCCUAGGUCGGGAUUAUCCACCGGCCAUGCGAAAGCAAUUGGGCGAUCGAUUGCCCUCUCCCCGAACCCCGGCGGACGACGACUGCACGGGAAACGUGGAAGAACUCGCCACAAACUCCCAAGGACGAGCUAUUGGCCCCGUCUCGGGGAUGUCCUGGCUGCGGGUUGCGCCUGAGGGGUUCAGAAAACUCUUGAACUGGGUCUGGAAUCGGUAUAAGCUGCCUAUCAUUGUUACGGAGAAUGGGUGUCCCUGUCCGGGGGAGAGCCAAAUGUCCUUGGAGGAGGCAGUGAAUGAUGAGUUCCGGAUCACAUAUUUUGGAUUGUAUCUUGAUGCGAUUUCGCGAGCCAUCUAUGAGGAUGGGGUCCCGGUUGAGGGGUACUAUGCGUGGAGUUUGAUGGAUAAUUUUGAAUGGUCUGCCGGCUAUGGCCCUCGCUAUGGCAUCACCCACGUGGAUUAUAAGACCUUGGUGCGAACUCCCAAGCGCUCUGCAUUGUAUCUGAAUGAAACGUUCCGGGAACGUAGAAAACACUCGCGAUAG